AUGUGAUUGGUGGCACUUAAUUGUUCCAACUCCUUUUAAAUGCCUAGAUAUUCUGCCCUCCUCACUCUUUAUAUUCAAGCUCAUCUUCUGGUUCCUUCACUAAGUCUACCUCUUACUCUGUUCCUACUCAACAGUUGAUCAUGUCUAGUUUGUGCAAGGAAUUGUUUUCAGGCUUAUUGGAGGGUGCAUUGAGGUCUAAAGAGGUUGUUUCUUUGUGGGUUUUGGCUACACUAGAAGGUUUGGGAAUUGGAGCUUUGGUUGGAGUCACUAAGAGAGUUCUUCUUUCUGCAUUUACCUGCAUUCUUGCAAUAGGAGGAGCUAUAGUGGGAGCAAUUCAUGGAGCCAUCAAAGGCCAGACGACAGAAACUGGGUUUUCUAGUGGAGCCGGAAUAGGUGGUUUGGCAGGGGCUAUUGCUGCCAUUCAAUUGAUGGAUUUGAUAGUUGAUGGGCAGCCAUUGUCUAAGGUUGCUCUCUUAGGUGGGAUGGUGAAUGGGAAGGUGUUUACGGAGUGGAUGAGCUCUGCAUUGCUAAAAGCCUAUCAUUGGCAAGUUAGCACGCUGGAGACUUACAUAGAGAUUUCUGAACUCUAUGACAUCACUGGAGUCAGGGGAUUAUCCCAAGAAUGCAUUCAAAAUCUCCCUCAAAGUACGUUUUGUUCUAGCAAUAUCAUUGAGUCUUCCGAUGAGUUUUGCUGCUCCAUUUGCUUACAGGAAUUAGAGGAUGGAGAGUAUACAAGAGAACUUCCCAUCUGUAGGCACUUGUUUCACUUGGCCUGCAUAGACCUAUGGCUAAGGCGACAAGGCUCUUGUCCUAUUUGUAGAGUCCAUGUAAGUGACGACGCAAGAUUAUGAAAGGAAGUAAAUAUUUCUAGCAGUUCUGCACAACACGAAGAGCUCUGUACAUGUACCUAAGUAAGACUUCUGGUUAUCCAACCAGGAGUCAUAAUAAGUCAUCACCCUACGACAGAAUGUAAUCCGACAAUCAAAGCAUUCUUAUGAAAGAACAGUCAACUCAGAAAUCAUUAAAUCA